CAAAUUGAUCAAAAGAGUGUAUGCGUGUGUGUGUGUGUGUAUGUAUGCAAUAUGCAAGUGUGAGUGUGCGAUUUAUUAAACAAAAACCCAGAGAUUAUUCAAUAUCAAAGUGCAAUGUUUAUUUGACGCGACAUCUUAUUGAAUUUCUUGACCAGGUUUAAUGGUGGAAAGUUAACUGAGUGCAACAAUUUAUUUUACUCUUAGCACUGGUGCCUAUUAAACACACGGAAACGAAGUUCUUAGGUUUGCCAGCAGCGCCGGAAACAACAACAGCAGUAGGCCCAGCAACAACAAAAACAAAAACAACACACCAGCAACAAAAUGAGAAGUGCAACGGAGGUGUAAGAAGUAUAACAAAAAAUCACGUCAAGUACAUAAAUAUGUACGCAUGUGAAUGUGUUCAAACAUAAACAAGAGCAUUAUAUAUCACAUCCUUCUUAGGAUUCGGCAUUACAAUUGUGUUUAAUAUCGAUUUUAUAUCCCUGCGCGCCUCUCGCUAAUUGAGUGUAUGUGUAUGUGUAAAGGUAUCAAAAAAGCAAUAAUUGUGUGAUAUCGAUAACGAUACCGCAAAAUACAGCACGAAACCAAUACAAUCAAAACAAUUUGAGCGCGUUAUCAAAAGCACAAUAGCAAUAAAAAGUUGGUAGUCCGGCAGCCGGCACAUUGUAUUUGGCUUUUGCGUGACUCUUUGCAGUCAUUUUACAUUUUUUUUUUGGCUGUUUUGUUUUUUUUUUUUGUUUCUUGUUUCAUAUAUAUAGUUUUGUACAUUGCUAACUAUAACACCUUUAACAAAAGUGACGAACUACGCGGACACCGAUAACGUAGCCGCAACUAAAGUGAAAUUUAUAGGCCGUUUGGUAAGAAGAUAACUUCUUACCGAUGAUUUCGUUGUUGCAAAUGAAAUUCCAUGCGCUGCUGUUGCUGCUGUCAAAAGUCUGGACAUGCAUCUGUUUUAUGUUCAAUCGCCAAGUGCGCGCUUAUCAGCCGGUUAAAUAUGAACAGUUCCCGCUGUCACCAGUAUCACGACAUCGGCUCAGUCUGGUGCAGCGAAAAACAUUGGUGCUAGAUCUGGAUGAAACGCUGAUACACUCACAUCACAAUGCAAUGCCAAGGAAUACGGUUAAGCCCGGCACGCCGCACGAUUUCACAGUCAAGGUGACCAUCGACAGGCAUCCAGUGCGGUUCUUCGUGCACAAGCGACCGCAUGUGGAUUACUUUUUGGAUGUGGUAUCGCAAUGGUAUGACCUGGUCGUGUUUACGGCCAGCAUGGAAAUCUAUGGCGCUGCUGUGGCCGACAAGCUGGACAAUGGCCGCAAUAUAUUGCGUCGUCGCUACUACAGACAACACUGCACGCCCGACUAUGGCUCCUAUACCAAAGAUUUGUCAGCCAUAUGCAGUGAUUUGAACAGGAUAUUUAUCAUUGACAAUUCGCCGGGUGCAUAUCGCUGUUUUCCAAACAAUGCAAUACCCAUUAAGAGUUGGUUCUCCGACCCAAUGGACACCGCACUGUUAUCAUUGCUGCCCUUCCUGGACGCUUUGAGGUUCACCAACGAUGUGCGUUCGGUAUUAUCACGAAAUCUACACCUGCAUCGUCUUUGGUAGCAGGUGUGACGUCAUCAAUCGCAGCUCAUGCAAAAAGCAAUAGGCGUUCGAAAGUUACUCUUACAGAUACAUUUAAUGAUUACAACAAUUUCAAAAGAAACAAAAAAAUCAUAACAAAAUAAAUGGUGGUGCUGUGACACAUAAACGAAUUUUGUUCAGUACGAUUAUGUUAAGUAAUAGACAAAAUGAAAGUAAGAGACGGUUUUUUUUCUUGAUCAUAUUACAAUUAAAUUAUACAAAGUUUUAAAACUUAUGUACAAUUUUUUUUGUAUCAAUAUUAUAGCUAUUAUUAUUAUCAUCUUUUUCGUUUUUGUGCAGAACGAAAAUAAAAAACUAUGUUAACGCAAUAGUAAAAAAAACCCAACUGGAAAGUAAAAUGUCAAGUUUAUAUAUCAUAAACAUGUAAGCUAAGACAACUGUAAUACACAUACACAAUUACAUAUAUAUAAACAUUAUAUAUAUAUUUAU